CUCUCUACUCACAACCCCUCUCCCCUCUCUUAAUACCACUACAUAUAUCGCUUCUAAUACCCUUCUUUAAACAAUGAAGAUCACUGCUUCUGCCAUCGGCCUUCUCGCCGCCAUUCCGUCCGUCUUCGGUCUGUGGCCCAUCCCUACCUCGCACACAGAGGGCAAGUCCAACAGCCAGGUCUGGUGGGUUGAUAUCCAGGUGCAGGGCCAGUCCAGCCCUGUUGUGCGCGAUGCGGUCGAGCGCUACCGCAACAUCAUCAACAGCGAGUCGUUCCUGGCCCCUGUUGACUACAAGCGCGGCAGCACCGACGAGGCGCUCGGCCUCGAGACCGAUGAGUCCUACACUCUGGACGCCUCGCUCAAGGCCAAGUCGCCGUACGGUGUGGUGCGUGGUCUCGAGACGUUCUCGCAGCUCGUUGUGGUCAACACGCCGAUCAGCAUCAAGGAUGCGCCGGCGUUCCCCCACCGUGGUGUCCUGUUCGAUACCUCGCGCAACUGGUACUCGGUUGACGCAGUCAAGCACACGCUUGAUGCCAUGUCAUACAACAAGCUGAACGUGCUGCACUGGCACAUUGUUGACUCGCAGUCGUGGGGCAUUGAAAGGGCUGCGUACUCCGACAAGCAGCUGUACUCGUACAAGGACAUCAAGGAUAUCGUCCAGUACGCCAAGAACCGUGGUAUCCGCGUUAUCCCUGAGUUCGAUGUUCCGGGCCACACCUACGCUGUCGGCCUGUCGCACCCGGAGAUCAUGUCGUGCCUGGACGUGCAGCCUGGCUGGGACAAGUAUGCUGCUGAGCCGCCCAGCGGUCAGCUCAACAUUGCCAAGGAUGGCUCGAUUGAGUUCGCCAAGAAGAUCUUCAAGGAGUACGCUGCUCUGUUCCCUGACAACGUCAUCCAUGUUGGUGGUGAUGAGGUCAACAUGCGCUGCUGGGAGACUGACCCCGAUGUCCAGAAGCACCUGGCUGCCAACAAGAACGAGACUGUCGAGAGCCUGCUUCUCAGCUGGUACGGCAAGCUGCACAACUAUGACACCAUCGUCCAGACCUGGAUUGACUCUGCCUCGGUCCCCAACACCGUCAACCGUGGCUACCGCGCCGUCUCGUCCGACUACCAGUCGCUGUACCUUGACUGCGGCCACGGUGCCUGGCUGCCGAACUGGGACGGCAACUCGUGGUGCGACCCCUUCAAGACCUGGAUGCACGUCUACAACUACGAUGUUCUGGCCAACAUCACCGACCCGGCCAAGCAGAAGCUGGUUCUCGGCACUGAGGUCGCUAUCUGGUCCGAGCAGACCGACGAGCACUCGUUCGACCCGCGCGCCUGGCCCCGUGCUGCCGCUAUGGCUGAGACCGGCUGGUCCGGAAAGAAGGACGCCAGCGGCCAUGUCCGCACCACUGGCGAGGUUGCUUCGCGCCUGCACGAGCAGCGCUACCGCAUGGUUGGCCGUGGUGUCAACGCCGAGCCCAUGCAGCCCCUGUGGUGCGCUCGCAACCCGGGCAGGUGCGACCUGCCUUGAAAGGAUGUAUUGUCUUUCAAUCCGUUCGCUCGAUAAUGCAAUUGCUC